AUGAAGUUCAGUUGGAGAGAAGACUUCACCAAGAAGAGGACCAAGAAGCAAGUUCUCCACGACAAUAAGACGAAGAGAAGGAAUCAUCGCACCGACCAUGGCUACUGCACUAAGUCGCUCCUUGAGAAGAUGGGCUCCAACAACAACUUCACGGAACUGACCGAAGAAGACAUCGGCCUGCUUGCCGAGAUGUACCCUAAGGAACUGCUGACCAGCGGCCCUGCCAUCGGCCCCGUGGAGAAGCGCCGCCUAGUGAGGGAGGCCCGAAGCGCAGGCAAGAAGAGGCCUCGCCACGGGAGGAAGGGCAAGGGAAGGAAGAGGGGCGGGAAGAGGGCAGAGAAGGUGGAGACGGAGGCUACUACGACUAGUAGAACUACUAUGGAAAUGGAAAAAGUCCACGUUGACGAACAAGAAAGGGAAACUCCUGAAUGCACAAGUGUCAAGAAAACGGUGAGAGCCCCGCGUCCCAGUCAGAGUAUCGUCCAGCUCUGGUCCCCCAUGAGUAAGAAGGGAGACGGGUACCUCCAGGUCAGCAAGAGCAAGAAAACCAAGAUGGCGAAGCGCUCGAAAAGUUCGAACAUCUCGGCCUUUAAGCUGCAGGCUACUGGCAAAACGGACGUCACCAGCACGUACUUCAAAUGGAAGGUAGAGGAGAUGGAUUUCUGCAGUGAUACAGGAGAGCUGAUGGACAAGGUUUCUAUCAAGAUCGCCGGCGCCGACAUCGACCCGAAAGACUCCGUCCUGGAGGACAAAACCUUCUCCGUGUGUCUGUCAACGGACGGACGAUAUGUCGCUGUGGAGGAUGACCCUGCGACUGAGAUCCCUGACCCGGAAGUGAUCCCUAAGGAGAACUGCUUCUUCCUGUGCGGGUAUGAAGAACACCUGGGAUGGCACAUCACGCUCAAGGACUCCCAGGCGCAGUUGUUGGGGUGUGACGGCUCGGGAAAGACGCGUCAGCUGGCCCAGACCGGAAACUGGCCACAGUUCUACCCACAGCCGGGUAGUCUGUUCUACCUGACCGAGCUCAAGUAACUCUAGUGAUGAAC